UGUUAAAGCACUUCAUCGAAAAGAAUUUGAAAAAGAAAAACAAAACCCAAGUCGGAAGUGGUGUAUCCGACAGGAGCACAUCCUAGUUUUCCCCGGUCGGAAUUGGUGUAUCCGACCUUCGCUUUUUUAAAAACCCUAAACUUUUUCCCGUGUUUUGGCAAAUGAUGUUGAGAAUUCCCGUAUUUUGGUAAAACACCCGACACAUAGCAUAUGUACUUGUAUAUCUUCAUCAGAAAACGGAAUUGAAGUGUCGGCGCUAUCUGAUCACCAACUGGUCUGAUUGUGCUGAAACGUCGCCGGCCGUUCAUAAAUAUCGCCUCCACUUUCCCACGCGGUUGAGCUUGGACCAUCUCAGCAUCACCGGCCAGUUUCGCCGUCGCCUGGUCGGCUGCAGGCGGAAGUUGGUCCGUUGAAGGAGGAGGGCAACAAACGCAACAUGCAGAUCAGCGGAGGAAUUGGAUCGGGCCGGGCUAAUUAGAGUGGGCUGGAUUGAUAUUACUCCCUCCGUCCCGUCAAGAUUAUCUCAUACUGCACAUGGUAUAAGUGAGAAAACAUAACGCAAAUCUUGAUAAUGAAUUCCAUUCCUACCAAUAAUUCAUCUAUGGAUGCGGAGGAAGAGGAUUCAAGCUCAUUAACGUUACCAGAAAAAUUAUGCAUUUCCCUUCUGCCAAUUAUUGCGGCCGGAUUCGAGGCAUUGAUGUUCGUAGUCUCGGGUUGUUUUCAACCCAAAUACGAGAAUACUCCUCCCCACAAUCAACAGAAGAAGAUGCAUCCUUCCCAACAAGAUAUUUCUCGACUAGCCAAUCAAUCUCGGUUUACGUUGAACGAAGUGGAAACAUUAUACGAGCUGUAUAAGAAGCUGAGUUGCUCUCUAAUCAAGGAUGGUUUGAUUCAUAAGGAAGAGUUUCAGCUAGCACUUUUCCAUACACCAUUUGGGAAGAACCUCUUUCUGGAUCGGGUAUUUGAUGUGUUUGACGAGAAGAGGAAUGGGAUAAUUGAUUUUGAGGAAUUUAUCCAUGCCUUAAACGUGUUUCAUCCCAACGCACCAAUUGAGGAGAAAAUCGAGUUUGCAUUUAGGAUUUACGACCUCAGGCAAACCGGCUUCAUUGAGCGUGAAGAAGUUAAGGAGAUGGUGAUUGCAAUUCUGCUGGAAUCUGGGACAAAACUAUCCGAUGAUCUUGUGGAGGAAAUUGUUGACAAGACAUUUGUAGAUAUGGAUGUUGACAUGGAUGGCAGAAUUGAUAAGGAGGAAUGGAAGAGCUUUGUAAUUCGCCACCCUUCUCUAUUGAAGAACAUGACUCUUCCUUAUCUCAAGGAUGUUACGAGUGCAUUUGCAAGUUUUGUUUUCAACGCCAAGACAUGAUGAAAAAUGAACAAUAGAAACCAUGUCCUGUGCUAUUGUGAAUUUUCAUUAUUUAUGUACAUGUUUAUGUAGCCACGAGUUUUUUCUUGCGAGUUCUUAUUUCUUUUGAACUUUAAGUACUUCUCAAGUAUUUCUACAUAGUUUCUUGUUCGUCUUUUGUGGGGAUGAGCGGGCAUUCACGAGGUAGGAACAAAAUUAUUACUUGAAGGGGAGUGGUGGUUGAAAGUUGAAACCAUUGCUAGCAGGUGGAAUAUUUAAUUCAUUGAGGAUUUCUUUGUAUAAUACUUUUUUAAUAUGUAAGAAAUUCAAAUUAGGUUUACUAUGUGUGUCUCAGUGUCUUGGUAGUGCAAGGUUUUGAGUUUUAAUUUGCCCGUUGCAGAGAGAUAUUCAUUCACGUAAAAGGGCAAGCAUAAAUUUUCAUCAAACCUCAAUUGAUAUUACCCAUAAUUGGAUAGUAAAGUUUGGUAAUAAUACAAGAGAAUAUUG